AUGGACAAAAACUCCGCCAUUCAGGCUACUGCCUGGAACCUUGAGGUAGGAAGUUGGGAUCAAUUGACUGCCGUGAAUAAAACAACAGCCAUCGCCCAGGAUGGUGAUGAAUCAAUAAUUUACCCAGACUCUCGGAUUCCCGUUGAUACACAGGACUACGCAGAUGGAGGAAAGCUCCGUUACAAAAAUGGCACGUCGACUUGGGCGAUGGGAAGUGGGUGGCUUGUUCGCGAUGACUUGCUUGUCACCGCCGGACAUAACGCGUACGACCGGACCCUUGGCUUCGGCGCGGCCACCCAGAUCAAAUGCUACCUUGGCUACCACGGGAAGCGCUCUUUGGACUCCGUUCAGACGCAAGCUCGUUACGGCAGCAAGGUGGUAACGACUCAAGAGUGGAUUCAAGACGGAAACCGCCCGAAGGACGUGGCCUUUAUCCAGGUCAAUAAACCUUUUACUGGCAACCUUUCGCCUUUUUCUUAUGUGGACACACCUGCGGAGUUCGACGGAAAAAUUGGUCUAGUCGGAUACCCUGGGGAUCAAUCUGUGCGUGAUAAGAAAUUGAUGGAUGAACGAGGCGCCGGAAUGUAUGAGACCUUUCAGUCUACGAAGUAUGAUCUCGCCACAAGCUCUCUGAACAUGAUUGAGUACAGGAUGUCUACUUUUGGAGGGCAAUCAGGAGGACCGGUACUGCGUACUGGAGACUACGGACGCUUGGUUGCUAUUGGGGUCGACUGCUGCAACACCGGCGGACUGAACGUUGGUAGCCCAAUCGGCGGCGAGUACGGAAUCGACUACAGCGCGUUUAUCAACCUAUUCAACACCCAUAAGUCCGAAUUUGGAACUGCUGAGAGUAUUAGAAACAUCGACACCACAAAGGGGGAUGAGAGCAUUCCGGAGCCGACGCUGUAG